AUGGCCCAACCAACGAAACCACCCGCCAACGGCUUCGUAGCCUUCUGCCGCAAGAUAUACAAUCCCAUAGGCUUCUCCAAGGGCUACAACUUCAUCCUCUUCUUCAUCUUCGGCGGCGCCCUGAUGGGCUUCAGCCUCGCCCGGAUGCCCUAUCUCGACUACUGGGGCACCUUCAAGCCGGCCAAGCGCAACGAAAAGUACUACUUCCAAGGCGAUCACGUCCAGGCCGGCAUGAUGCUGCACCUCUUCACCGUGCUGCCGGCCUCGUUCCUCGUCUGCUUCCAGUUCGUCCCUGCCAUCCGCCACAGGGCCAUGCUGCUGCACCGCGUCAACGGCUACCUCAUCAUCCUUCUCUCGCUGGCCUCGACCGUGGGUGCAUUUAUGAUCGCGCGCGUCGCGGCCGGCGGCACCGUCGACACGCAGACGGCGACGGGGUUCCUGGGCAUCGUCUUCGUCGGCGCGCUCGCCAUGUCCUACUACAACGUCAAGCGGCUGCAGAUCGAGCAGCACCGCGCGUGGAUGCUGCGCGCCUGGGCCUACGCGGGGAGCAUCGUCACCAUGCGCCUCAUCUUCGUCGCCAUGAUCUUCAUCAACAGCGCCAGGGGCUACUCGACGGUGCGGGAGUGCAGCCAGAUCGACUACGAGAUGUAUGGCGAUCGCGACAGGGUGCUCGGUCUGUUCCCCUCGUGCGAGAGGUUUUAUUCCGGUGAGGAUGAGCACGCCGUUGCUGUCGUGGAUGCCGACAUGGGUGGCAACGCCGCGACCGUCGGUAGCGCCCUGGUGCUCAGCUUUGGGGCCGCGCUGUGGCUGGCUGUUGCGAUCCACAUGAUUGGGGUUGAGAUAUAUCUUAUGCUCACACCGGCCGAGCACGAGAGGUUGCGCAACGUCUCUUAUCAGCGACAACUCGAGGCUGGUAUGAAGAACCCUGGCCGGGCUGGACUGACGGUUGACAGGUUCGGGGACGCAGAGAAGUGGAUUCCUGCCUCUCAGCGUAGGGUUGGUGAUGAACAGAACGUCACGGAUGAUUCUGAUACAGCCAUAAAUGAACGAUGA